CACGAGAGCACCCUCGACGUACCAGGUUCACGCAAUCUGCCAUCGCAACUGGCAGGCAUACUUUCAUUAGGGAUGCAUGGCGCAUUCAAGCAGCUCUGCGAUGGGCUUACCAUCAAACCCCCGUGAUCGUCCGCGACUCCUACCGACGAAUCGCAAGUUGCGCAACCUAAUCUCCAUAUCUUUGCGGAAUGUAUCAGCAAUCUCUCCAGACUCUCCGCGGGCCCAGCGCGUUAGGACCACCGACGAUGAUGCUCUACCUCAAUCCUUGAAAUCACCAUCCAAGAUUGUCGCCCUUCGUGAGCAGAAGAACUUGGGCCAUUCUCGUAGCUCCACUGAUCUGCGGUCACUCGCCGAGGAUGCUGUGGUCGAAGAGGCCGAGUCGGCCGACGCAGUCGCCAUCGCCAACGGUAGUCCCAGAGCCAACAAGCAGAAGCAAAGGCUUUACAGCACCGCCACCACUUCUCCCAAACGACCAGAUCUGAGGCGCAUGCGAAGACGAAGCACAUUGGAAUGGGCCAAUUCGACACCAACAAAGAGACAGCAAAGGCUGGAGGAUGUAGUCUCGGAGCACCUAGUGGAUACAUUUUUCACACUGCAUGUCCCUGGUCUCGAAGAUGCUGUCUACAUUUCGGAACUGGUUGACAGGACCAUGAAUCCAACCUUUGGUCAUAUCGAUUGGACAGGGUGUGGACCAGGUAUCACGAGAGCGGACAACAUGAUCCUACGGGUGUGGCUUCGAAGAGGUUCAACCCGACGUUGGCAACAACUCUUGCGCUUUACCAUAGACAUGCAAGGCUUGCAAUACAUGGGUAAAUCGCUGGAAAGUGUGCACCGCCAAUUUCCCAUCAACGCUGUCCUGCUUCACCUGAGUGACGGAGUCUAUGCGGCUAGCUCUUCAGUGAUCGACCUUCUGCCUCAGACCUACGCAUCGAGCAGUCGUCCUUCGACCAGUGGCACAUCGCGUGUGUCGCCCACUUCGUCUUUCGAUUCACUUUUGCGACUUGCACGUCUUGACGACAGCAUACAGGACGCAUUAUCAAUCCGCGACAACAUUACCGUUGAUCUCGAAGAAAUACUCCAUAACAGUGAGGAAGCCUUGGCUGAGCGGGACCAAGCAAGACAGGCAGCAGACCGCCUGAAAACCAUCGAAUUCGCGACGAUGGUGGUCAGAAGACAAUUGGACAAGGCCAAGAAACAACAAGAGGAAAAGCGGACAGCGUUGCUUUCCAGACGAAAUCUCAUGCAAGCCGAUUGGAAAGCGCGGGGAGCGCAGGCCGAUGAAAUGGCAGCCUUUCAACCCGAAUUGCCGAGUAUGAGUGAUGAGCGCAACAUCAAGCAGAAAGCUGUCCAGAACCAGCGCCGUCGUAUCUGCGAAGAGCUGCAACAAUGUUACCCGAUCCGCCCUCAGCCCGGCAAAGCCCUUGCUUUUACAAUCCGCGAUCUUCACCUCCCGAACUCCGAAGAUCUUGACUCUGAACCUCCUGAGAGAAUAGCAGCUGCGUUGGGCUACGUAGUUCACGUGCUCCAAAUGCUAUCGUUCUACCUGGAUCACCCUCUACCUUACACCAUGAUAUACCGCAGCAGCACAAGCACAAUCUUCGAUCGGAUCAGCAUCCUCAAAUUUUCCUCUACCAACUCAACGACCGCCGCCGAUCUCAAACUACGCACUUACCCCUUAUUCAGCAAAGGCGUCCCACGUUUCCGCUUCGAAUAUGCCGUGUUUCUCCUAAAUCAAAACGUCCGACUACUCCUCGACAAUGUGUUUGGCGUGCGGGUCCUUGACAUUCGCCAUACACUGCCCAAUCUGAAGUAUCUCGUUUAUGUUGCUACAGCCGGCGAGGGCGAUCUCCCUGCGCGAAAGGCCGGUGGAGUCCGUGGUCUCCUCCGCGCACCUGUGAUGGAGAGGAGCGGGAGUAUGGACUCGAAUACUAGUCGUUUGUCCGGUCUUACGCUUGCGAGCUUGGGCUUGACGGGGAACGGAGCGGCCAAUGGUGGGAAGGCGAAGACUGCCACUGAAAGACUGAGGGAGAUUGAUGGGAGAGGCUGAUACUCAUCAGACAGAAGAAAGUCUCACUUUGUAAAGUUGUAAAGAUGUAAAAAACCUCAUAGAUGUCCAGCGUUUGGGAACGGGUUAUCGCAGGUACCCAGUAAUGCUUAGACAAUGUAGAACAAUGAGUGGAUAGUAACCCUAACACAUCGUCAUUCCAG